AUGGCUAAAUUCGUAAUUUUGAUAUUUGUGAUAUUACUUAGUGUUUACCUUACUGAACAAGCACAUUUCUUAAGUAAAGAUUAUAUAAACAAAAUUAACGAAGUUGCUAAGACUUGGAAGGCCAAACAAAAUUUUCCCGAAAAUACUCCCAAAGAACAAAUCGUUCGGUUAUUAGGCUCAAAACGUCUCUUAGGCGUUUCCAAAAGUCCAAUCAAGGAAAAUGAUGAAUUGUACAUGGAUAAUAGUGAAGUUCCAGAAUUUUUCGACUCCAGAUUAGAAUGGAAAUACUGCAAAACAAUCGGACACGUCCGUAAUCAAGGAAAUUGUGGAUCCUGUUGGGCUCAUGGUACCACCGGAGCGUUCGCUGAUCGACUGUGCGUAGCGACGAAUGGAGAAGUCAAUCAACUCAUAUCCGCCGAAGAGCUUACUUUCUGCUGUCACAGAUGUGGUUUUGGAUGUAAUGGAGGUAACCCAUUGAGAGCUUGGCAAUAUUUCAAAAGACACGGCGUUGUUACCGGAGGCGACUACAACACUACCGAUGGAUGCCAACCGUACAAAGUACCACCUUGCGUGAGAGACGACGAGGGACACAAUUCAUGCUCGGGACAGCCAACCGAACGUAAUCAUAAAUGUUCGAAGACAUGUUACGGUGACGAUACAGUCGUUUACAAGAAUGACCAUUACAAAACGAAAGAUGCGUAUUUCCUCAAAAACACAACCAUGCAGAAAGACACGAUGGUGUAUGGACCCAUUGAGGCGUCGUUCGACGUUUACGAUGACUUUAUGAAUUACGAAUCGGGAGUUUACCAAAAGACCGAGAACGCAUCGUACCUGGGUGGACAUGCAGUUAAAAUGAUCGGAUGGGGCGUAGAAGAAGGUACACCGUAUUGGUUGAUGGUCAAUUCUUGGGGCGAACAAUGGGGUGCCAGUGGGCUGUUUAAAAUACGCAGAGGCACAGAUGAAUGUGGUAUUGAAAGUUCAUGCACAGCAGGCGUGCCUUCAGUUUAA